GAUCAUUAACAAGCCCAAAUAAUCAAUGGCGGCAUCUUCUUCCUCAACGACGUCGUCUUCCUCCUCCGACAGGUCUCGCCGCCGACGUCGGUCUCGUCGUCGUCAGAAAACCGACGAAGAUCCUCUUAAAGUAAGCAAAAGAAGCCGCUCCCACACAAAACGUCGCCGGAGGCGUCAUUCGCCUUCUUCUGAUAGCUACACCUCCUCCUCCGAAGACUACAGUUCUUCUGAUAGUGAACAGCAUGCAUCCCAUCAUUCAAAGAGGCAUAAAAGGAGUGAAAAAGCAAAGAAGAAGAAAGACAAAGAGAAAAAGAGAGAUCAUAGCCAUGGACGCCAUAAACUUAAAGAUAAGGAGAAGAAGCAGGAAAAUAGUGGUCCUGUGCAGCUUUCCAAGUUCUUGGGAAAGGACAAGGACGAUAGUGCUCGCCGCAGUGCCGUCUCUGGGAAAAAGAUAUUACUUAAGCUAGAUAAAACAAAAGAAGACAAGUUGGCUGAGAACAACCGGAAUGAGCUGCUGAAGUUCUUGAAUGCUAGUUAUGAUUGAUGAUGCUAACCAGUGUAUUCAGUUCAUUGAACGGCGUCAGUUCAGAUUUUCCCUACAUAUAGUAUCCGCGGUUGUUUGUGGGGGUAAUAUUGUUAUACAGCCUUUGCUGGUCACGAGAAUAUAACUUGUUGGCCUUUGGCUAGCAAUUCAGGUUUGAUUGUAUACGAUAUGUUUAGGAUGAAUGUCAUUGGUAUCUUUGUAUUAAACUGAUUUGGUGAAGAAAACUUAUUUAUUGAUAUGUUUUGUGGCCA